AUGACGACCGCCGAGAAGACGAAGCACCAGCAACAAGACGACUAUUCGGAUUACGACUCAGAUGAAUACUCCAUCUCCGGAGACGAAGACGAUUAUGCCCCUAGACAAACCGGGCAGCAGCAGCAGCAGCAGCAGCAGAAUAAGCGGCGCCAGCGACGACAAAGACGCCCAGCCGAUGAGAAGAGUGACUAUGGGUCAGAUGAAUAUUCUACAGACGAGUACGAUGAUGACGAUGAAGAUGCUGACGACGUGCGGAGUAACACCAUGCAGCCAUAUAAGCGGGGUAUGCAAUCGUUAACCAACCAGGAUAUCAGCAGCCAGGACGUACAAAACUGGGCCAUGAAUACCGAUGAUCAGAAAACGGACAGUGGCGAGGAUGACGGUCUCCGAUUGACGCUGGAAUUGAACCUCGAGGUCGAGGUGGAGCUCAAAGCACACAUUCGUGGUGACUUGACCCUAUCCUUACUAUUGAACGAAGUCGGUCCCAAUCCUGAGCAUUCCUCGUCGUUGGCCUUUGAAGGGGCCCUUUCCCAAGCUCCACCCCCUCAGCACAUGUGGAUAACAAGCAUCCGACGGCUAGUUAAGGCCUAUUUCGAAGCCGAGGUCAAAGCUUUAGCUUGGAAGGGUGGAUUUGCAGGCGACAAAAAGACCCCAUCAACCCUCCUUGCGACUACUCCGGAGUAA